AUGGAUGCAUGUCAUUUAAUACUGGGUAGACCUUGGCAGUAUGAUGUAGAUGCUACUCAUAGGUGUAAGGAUAAUGUGUAUGUGUUUUUUAAGAAUGGUAGAAAAAUUGUCCUUGGUCCUAUUAAGGAAAGCAGUUUACCCAAAGCUUCUAAAGUGGAAGGGAAGCCAACACUUCUCAUAGUGAACAAUGAAGAUGAGUUUGACAGGGAGUGUAAGGAGUUGAAACAAGUAUAUGCUGUAGUGGUGACGGAUGGUGAGCCAAAGAAGGUUACUGAGAUACCUGAGGCAAUUCAACCAUUGAUCAAGGAGUUUGAAGAGUUUUUUCUAGAAGAGCUGCUUGCAGGUUUACCACCAAUGCGCGACACCCAGCAUUGCAUUGAUUUAGCUCCUAGAGCUAGUCUACCAAAUCUGCCACAUUACAAGAUGAAUCCUCAAGAGGAUGACAUGUUUGAUAUGCUGAGUGGGUCCAAGUGUUAUACCAAGCUGGAUCUCAAGAGUGGGUAUCACCAGAUUCAGAUCCGACCUAGAGAUAAGUGGAAAACAACUUUUAAGACAAAGGAAGGGUUGUAUGAGUGGAUGGUAAUGUCUUUCGGAUUGUCCAAUGCUCCUAGCACUUUCAUGAGACUUAUGAAUCAGGCCAAUGAUUUGUAUAUCAACUUGAAGAAGUGCAGCUUCUUAAUUGAUAAGUUGUUGUUCUUAAGGUAUAUGGUUAGUGCGGAUGGGAUUUAUGUUGAUGAGGACAAGGUUUGUGCAAUCAGAGAAUGGCCAACCCCAAAGACAGUGAGUGAUGUGCCAAGCUUCCAUAGGCUAGCAACCUUCUAUUGGAGGUUUGUUCGAGAUUUCAGUAGCAUAGUAGCCCCUAUCACUAAGUGUCUGAAGAAAGGGAGGUUCUCAUGGGGAAAUGAGGCAGAACGAAGCUUUGCCUUGAUCAAGGAAAAGUUGAGCACAGCCCUGGUUUUGGCAUUGCCCAACUUCGAUAAGGUGUUUCAGGUGGAGUGUGACGCAUCUGUGAUUAGGGAGUUGCAUGAUGAAGGUUUGGGUGGACAUAUAGGCAAAGAUAAGACUAUAGCACUGGUGGAAGAGAGUUCCACAAGCACCAUGGAAGGAUUUGUCUAUGAACUUUAUAUUGAGUCUUCCUCAAACCCAGCGAGCAGCACUAGUCAUCCACAGACUGAUGGCCAGACAAAAGUGGUUAAUCGCAAUUUGGGGAAUCUGAUCCGAUGUAUCUUAGGCAAGAAGCCCAAGCGGUGGGAUCUUGCAUUGUCCCAAGCAGAGUUUGCAUACAACAGCUCAAAACUUGAAACUACAAAUGCCAAGUACAAGGAAGCUGCUAAUAAGAAGAGACGUGAGAAGAUCUUCAAUGCUGGGGAUUUAGUACUGGUCUAUCUUAGAAAGGAGAUAUUUCCUGUUGGUACCUACAACAAAUUGAAGGACAAGAAAUAUGGGUCAUUUCAGAUUACUAAGAAGAUCAACAACAAUGCUUAUGUGGUUGCUCUUCCUCCAAACAUGAGUAUUUCUUCUACCUUCAAUGUUGCUGACUUGUAUAAUUAUCAUCCUCCUGAUGAACCAGAUAGUGGGAACUUGGGAUCGAGUUCCUUUCAAGUGGGGGGGACUGAUGUAGAACAAACAUGCCUUCCUGGAGCAGCAGGGGCGCAGGAAGUCACAAUGCAAGAUCAAAAGAGGGUGCCAAUAAGGGCCAUCGGGAUAACAAUGUCGGAAUUGCAUGAAAUUUGGCAAGUUGAAGGGAAACGACGUUCUAAUCCAAAUUCAUAA